GCGCCCAUCAGCCUGACCAACGAGAAGACCGUCGGCCUCAUUGGCGGCAAGCGGGUGGUGCUGCGCUGUGAGGUGCCCCACACUGGCUUCACCCUGGGCAUGCCCAUUCCCAUCACCUGUCACAUAUCGAACCUCUCGAAGAAGCACAUGAUCCUGAAGGCCUCCCUCAAGCAGGAGAUGACCUUCAAGGGCGACGUGCAGCACACCCGAACGGUGACGAACAAGCUGACCGAGGCUACCGGACCGCAGAUUGGCCCGAAAGGCGACUGCUCGCACAGCAUCACCCUCCAGGUGCCGAUCAACCUGCCCAUCGUCCACAACACCUGCCCCAUCAUCACCAUCAAGUACAUUGCCUCCGUCAAGCUGGACAUUCCCGGGUCGUUUGACCUCGCCUGCAAGAUGCCCGUCCUCCUCACCAAUCUGCCGCUGAAUUUUGGACAACCGCAGCAGAUGCCUCCACAGAUGCCUCCACAGCAAAUGCCAAUGCAUCCGCAGCAGCCGCCCUACGCCCCCUCGGCUGCUCCAAUGCCGUCAAUGUGA